GUAAUAAAUGUUUUGAUGGACAAGAAUAGGCAGGCAGCUCCACCAUGGUUGCCGUCUGAGUAUCUUCUUUCGCCCUUUGUUAUACGGAGUAAUAAUAAACCAUGAUAAUGAUGAUGGCAACAAAGCUGUUGAUGCUCUCUCCUCCUCCAUAUCACGCUUCUGAUACUACCCACCACCACCCAUGGCCGCCGCUAGGCCGAGUUCCUGCAUCUCAUCUGGCGACAAAGAGAAGAACCCACAAGAAGAGCCUGAUUAGAGUAGUCAGUCUAUCAUCCCUUGAGCACCUCAUCAAUGCCGCACCUCCUCAUAUUGUUGACCUUCCCCAGCUGCAGAAUGACGGCCCCUCCUAUUUCUUCCUGCUCGCGGCGGCGGCGGCGGCGGCGGAGGAAGGCGGCGGGUACUCCUUGGCCAGUUACUACACCUCGUUGGGCCUCUUUGUCAUCUCUGUUCCGGGUGUCUGGUCUCUCAUUAAACGAUCGGUUAAAUCCAAGAUUGUGAAGAAGACGUUCGUGACAGGGGAGGAGGGGAAGAAGGCCGCGAAGAGAGUGGCGGGGGAGAUUCAGGCGUUCUUCACUCGCAACAAUUUUGUGGUGUUGAACAGAGGCGAGACCAUCACGUUUGAGGGAAUGAUGAGUCCAAGUCGGGGACAAACGGCACUGCUGACAUUCUGCACGUGCAUAAGCUUAGCCAGUGUUUCCCUGGUUCUCACCAUAGCCCUUCCUGGUGUAGGAAAUAAUUGGUUUUGGCUCACUUCUCUCGGUCCAUUAGCGGGGGUAUACUACUGGACUCGAGCAACGAGGAAAGAGGAGAUGAAGGUGAGAAUGACGGUUGAUGAUGAUGCUCAUGGAACACUGUCUGAGCUAAUUGUUGAGGGAGAUGAUGUACUGGUUGAGCAAAUAAGGAAGGAACUGGGUUUGUCUGAGAAAGGCAUGGUUUACGUUAAAGGCUUGUUUGAGAGAUGAUUCUUUUUUCUUUCUUUAAUUUCUUUUCUUCUAUUGUUACUCAUUUUCCACUAAAUGCACACCAUCACAUGUAUGCGUAGUGCAUGUAACUAAUUAAAGCAGGCAUGGAGUAUGUUUGGGAGAGUAAAUUUUACUGAAAUGUGCAUAACGGG